AUGAGGAUGGCGGUCUUGCAUGUGAUCGGCGCCUCGCUGCUCCUUCCCGCAGUCGCGAUGCAGCACGUUGUCGAAUGGCACGACUUAUAUGAUUCCGGAUCCGAGUCGCACGAGGUACACUACACCGUCGGCGACUCGGUUAUGUUUCGCUGGAAGGGGUCAUUGGGUCAUAACCUCAUGAAGGUCUCAAAGUCGGCGUACACGAACUGUGAAGACGAGAAUGGCGCCAUGCUCAACGAUGGGAGUUCCACCGGCCAGAUCGAGCAGGUCGUUGACUUCCCCAAGACCGGUGAAUUCUACUUUCUUUGCUCGGUUGGCUCCCACUGCGCCAAUAACCAAAAGAUCAACAUCACGAUCGACCCUGACACGACGUGCAACUCUGCAAAGAUGAUGUACCCCUCAAAAGACGCGGCUGAGGCGAGGGGGAGCAUGUGCGACCCACCGGUGCUGAACCACUUUGUCUUGGAUUUGCUGGUGCCAUUUGCGCUCGAGCAGCGCGCACGCGGCUGCUCGUUCGCCGAGCUGCAGCACGCGCUGCGCAAGUAUUGGCUCCCGUACCUGCAUCAGUCGAACUGUCCGAACGUCACCCACUCCAUUCUCCGCCAGAUCUUUGGCUACUUUGGGCGCUCGGCACGGCGCAACGGCCUCGUCUUGCACAACGCCUCACCGAGCUUGCGUGGCAUUUUUGCAAAGUGCGUGGCGCUCGACGAGCUGCAGGAGCUGUACGUCCUCCUCGUGAAGAAGCACAUGCUCGCGCCGGGCUCGAAGCACAUCCUCAAUAGGCUCAACACGUACGCCUCGAACCUCGACAUUCCGCUGCAGGAUCGGUCGGAUCGGUCGGUGUCGGCCUAUAGGCUGAAGACCAACAUCGAGACGCGCAUCAUACGGGCGCAACAGAACACCACUGUUGCUUCCAUUGACCACGAGAUUUUUGGCGCCUUUUUCAGGGGCCCCAAACCCCUUUUCCAGAACAUUGGGGAGGAGCUCGGGGAGAACGUCCCCCCCCCCUCCUUCGUGUGUAAUCCGUCCAUCGCCAUUUCUGGCGUCGCGCCGCCGCCGCCACCGCCGCCUGCCAAGAAGCGCGGUUGGGUCGUGGCCGUCGCCGUGUGCGUGCCCCUCGGCGUCGCCCUGCUCGCCCUCGGUGUGUACCUGCUCGUCAAGAAGGGCAAACUCAGCGUCCCGGGAUACGGCUCCGACCGUCCCUCGAUGACCAAGCACACCGUCACCGAGGGCGUCUAA